AUGAUUUUUGUCUUUCAGAUGUAUCUCCAAAUCGGUGUAGGAAUAGGAGGUCUCAAUUUUCCUGAUAGAUCAGAUAGGCAUAAGCCUUGGAGAAAUCGGGAAAGGCUUAUGGUAAAAAAGUUUUAUGAAGCUCACAACGAAUGGUUACCUACCUGGGAUGAAGGAAAAAGUGCUUUAAAAAUUGAUUACAUUAAAGUAUGGGCAUUAUGA